AUGCGCCUCAGUGCUAGGGACAGCGUGCUGGACGAUAGAACCCGAAUGUCCACAGAAUCGGUGGCUGAGAGCACUGUGCAGCAGCGCCGAUCUCAAAUGCAAAUGUCAGCCAUCACGCCUGCCAGCUCGACUACUGACUGGGAUUUCGAGGUGGAGAACGUUCGGGCAGCUCAUCAGUUGGAGCCUAUGCAUAUCUUGAAAGAUCGUCGCAUCCAACGCAUCCUCACCAAAGACAUUCCUCAAUUCUUUGCCCUCGUAACUCGUUUCCGUCAGGAGAUCGCGUUGAUUGGCCCCGAAGGUGGCAUUCUCAGUUCCACAGUGGCACCCAAGGUGCAGGCUGUCUUCCCUGAGGGGGCCCUUCAGAAAAAAAUAAAAGUCGGUCUUCAGGCGCAAGUAGUUCCGCAGGAUAUCAUAGACAAAACUGUCGGCAAUCGGAUUGCCUUUUCACCCAUUGUUACAAUUGAACCACGACGCAGGAAGUUCCACAAGCCCAUAACCGUCACCAUACCUCUCCCACGACAACCCUCGAAAGGCGAGUCGGAAAAACAUGUUCCCUCGAGCUUGCGCCUUCUGUGCUCCAUCGUGGCAGGGACUGUGCCGGCAGUCUGGGAAGACGUGACUGGUUCCACGACCCUCACAAGACAAAAAGACUGUGCUUCCUUUACAACUACGGUAUCGGCAAGGUAUGUAUGCUCUUGCCCCACUACAUGUUCCUCGGUUCGGUGUACCAGCGCUUGCAAAAUCGCGAAAUCAAUCGAUAUUUUUUCUGUCUUACCCCCCAUAAGAUUGUGGUUGGUCGACGCGCCCGGUGUCCCCGAUGUCACAGAGGUGGCUAGCCGAGUCUAUCAAGAGAGCAUCUUGCCGCCCUACAUGGGUCAAUUUGCAGUCUAUGGACGGCUGCCCGAAGACAGGAUAGCCCUAGAGGCACAAGAAGCGACGUCCAAGUUGCACCGACCAAAGGUUCUAAACCCAGCGGAUGCGGAACUACGAUGCGUCUGUCUCAUUGACGACGCUCCGGAGAAGACUCUGGAAAAUCAGGAGAAAUUCCAGCUGAUCGCCGUUGGCCCCUAUGUUGAGGUAAAUUGGCAACCGGCCGGCAGUACAGCUCCACCCGUCGGAAGACUCGCCGUUCUUCGAGAACCCAAGGGAGCCUACCUGAGCCCAGAAGGUCCACAGGUGCGAAAACCCAUUACCACCCUGGAACUACGCAUGCCUGGCGACCAGAGCAUACAGUGGCCCGAAGCUGACGAACUGGAAAAGGCCCAAUCGAUGUUGGAUGUCCCCAAGAUCUCCGCCGCGGUCGGUAAGGAUUGGAUUUCGUUAGCACAGACCCUCGGUAUGACGCCCGAGGACAUUGACAUGCUGGCUAAAGAGCCGCUGACGGGUGAACAGACCGGGCCGGAGGCUGACAGAGAACGCUGUGAGCACAUGUUGUCGUUGUGGCAGCAGAGGUCAGCGGCCGCGAGCACACCCACCAGAGAGAAUAUGGGUAAGUGUGGGGGCUCCUCCCUCCUUCCUCCACCCUCCUAG